AUGAUAGAAGUAGAGGUCAAUGAUCGUCUGGGGAAGAAAAUUAGGGUCAAGUGCAUGAGCGAGGACCUUGUCGGUGACUUUAAAAAAGUUCUCUCGCUCCAAUUGGGCGUUUCCUGGACGAAAAUCGAGCUUCAAAAAGGUGGCUCGAUUCUGAAAGAUCACAUAAGUUUGGAUGAUUACGAGGUUCAUGAUGGGACAUAUCUGGAAUUGUAUUACCUGUAA